AUGAGUCGUUAUCAGAAGCAAUGCUUCAGUCUCACGAGUGCACAAGAAAAAAGCUUGACUCUUUCCGAGUGCGUGGCCCUGGUGCGGCGACGACGUGAUUCAAAGGAUUCGGUGUGGAUAUGUCAUGUCAAGCUUCUCCAACUCGAGCCCUACCUCAUUCUGACCAUGAACUGCACCUAA